AUGCGCUCUUUCUUGGGUCACACAGGCUUCUACAGGAGAUUUAUCAAAAAUUUCUCGAAAAUUGGAGCACCCCUGAUCCAACUGUUACAAAAAGAGGUGCCCUUCGAAUUCGAUGAAGCAUGUAAGAAAGUAUUUGACAGGUUGAAGAAGCCAUUGACCUCGUCACCCAUUAUCCAACCACCCGACUGGAACCUACCAUUCGAGAUCAUGUGCGACGCCAGCGACUAUGCAGUGGGAGCGAUGCUGGGUCAAAGAGUAGAAAGGGCAGUCCAUGCUAUCUACUACGCAUCUCGAGCCUUGAACGGAGCUCAAUUGCACUAUUCAACUACCGAAAAGGAGCUUCUGGCGGUUGUUUUUGCUGUAGAGAAAUUUCGGUCUUAUUUACUAGGUGUUAAGGUUAUUAUUUUCUCUAAUCAUGCAGCUUUACGGUAUCUGUUGACCAAGAAAGAGGCGAAACUGCGACUGAUAAGGUGGAUAUUAUUGCUACAAGAGUUCGACCUGGAGAUCAGAGAUAAGAAAGGGGCAGAAAAUCUGUACGCGGACAUUGUUAAUUUUCUAGUCACUAACAAGUUUCCUGCAGGAUGGCCCAAGGCAAAGAGGGACAAGUUGAGGAGUGAUGCUAAGUCCUAUAUCUGGGAUGACCCCUACCUCUGGAAGCAGGGUGCCGAUCAAGUCAUCCGCAGAUAUGUAAGUGAGAAUGAAUUUCAAUCAAUUUUAACGUAUUGUCACUCUUUUGCAUGUGGAGGCCACUUUGGACCAAAGAGAACGGCUCGUAAGGUGCUAGAGAGCGGGUUCUUUUGUCCGACCCUCUUUAAGGAUGCCUACUCAUUUUGUAAGUCCUGUGAUAAGUACCAACGAGUAGGUAAUAUUUCUCAUAGGGAUCAAAUGACUCAGACUCCCAUGAUUUUUAUUGAUAUUUUUGACGUUUGGGGUAUUGACUCUAUGGGUCCUUUUCCUUCGUCUUUUGAUUUUUUGUAUAUAUUGCUUGCUAUGAAUUAUAUUUCGAAAUGGGUGGAAGCAAAGGCCACCCAUACUAAUGAUUCGAAAGUGGUUGCAGAGUUCGUCAAGUCUAACAUCUUUGUCCGCUUUAGGAUGCCGCGAGCAAUUGUAAGCGAUCGGGGUACUCAUUUCUGUAGCAAGACAAUUGCUGCAGUUUUUAAGAGAUACGGUGUCUUGCACAAAGUCUCCACUUCCUAUCAUUCUCAGACAAACGGUCAGGCGGAAGCAUCAAACCAAAAGAUCAAGUCGAUUUUAGAGAAGAUGGUCCGACCCGAUAGGAAAGAUUGGAAUAGUAGACUAGAAGAUGCAUUAUGGGCAUAUAGGACGGCGUACAAGACACCUAUUGGCAUGUCCCCUUACUGUUUGGUAUUUGGGAAGUCAUGCCACCUCCCGGUCGAGUUUGAACAUAGAGCGUUUUGGGCAGUCAAAUAG